CCCUCCGUCGCGACAAAACAAACUCCGAUUCAAAAUCUCCGGCGAACCGCAUCCUUUGCGGAAUCGUCGUCGUCGACUCUUCAUUCCAGACAUCGGCGAGUGUUCUAUUGGUCGAUUUAGCACACAAGAAGCUGGAUGAAGUCGGUCUCUGGUUCUCACGGGAAGAAGGAAGCGGGUUCUCCAGGUGACGCGGUCGUCGCCGGCGAUCCAGAUCCGCGGUGGCCUCUCCUCAAUCGUUGGAGCAGGUCCGGUUCUUUGACGAUAACUCCAUCUCAAGCUCUGGUUUGCCCUAUCGCAACUCCAUCUUCACCGGCGGCUGUUCCGCGACUAACAACCCCCUUGGUUGGCUCGGAAGAGAUGAAGAACCCUGAGUUUGUUCCGAAAUCGAAGUCAAUAGCUCCUGUUGCGAAUGUUUCAGGUUCCUCUCACGGCACUCCCGUUGAAGCUGAUGUCGCAGUUGGAGCUCCUGGUCCUCGAUGGGCGAUGCAGAAUCAGUGGACCCAGUCUCCUCCAUCGCUGCAACCUCCUCAGCAGGCCACAGGUAGUCCGCUGGUUGGUGAACCUUCACCGGCGGAGUCAACAAGAACCAAUCCCUCGCCUGUUUUGGUUGGUUCUUCUCCACGGAAGAUUACUGAUUUCUUCUGUUUGAAAUCAAAAUCUCCAGUAACAGCAGAGUCUCCAAUAUCUUCGACAGCUCCGAUAAGUCCAAUCAUAGCCGAGCCACAAACUAGUUUGGUUGUGAAGGCUCCGGAGGAACCCACGUCACAGUUACCUCAUGGCUCUUCUUUCCCAGUUUCUAGUAUGAUUCCCGAAAUACCUUCUGUUUCGGGUCCACAUGUUCAGCCACCUCUUAAAGGAGCUUGGGCAAAGAAGCUGAGAAUCACCAAUUCUUCGGUUUCUCAACAAGAUGGGAGAAGAGCUCCUCUUCCUAAAAACUAUCCUCCUGACUCCUCAGAGGAGGAUAAUUUAAGAUUUCCUUGGGCGGCUAAAAUGGACCCAGCAGCGAGAAAUCUCUACAGAGCUACUUCACCGGAAUACUUGGAAGACGGAACUCCAAAGGUAACGAUCCCAAGUCAUGUCAUGAUGCAAGGUCUAGAGAACCAAAAGGAAUAUGUCAUAGGUCAGUUCUAUAGAUGUAGUCCUCCUCCUGGUGGGUUGGUUCAUGCGGUAGUCAAUAGAAUUUGGGGAAGGAAGUGUAGAAUCUUUUCCCGGAAACUAAGUGAUUCAAGUUUCCUCUUUCACAUCCCGGAUGCUUCGACAAGAGCUUGGGUUCUUCAAAGAGGAUUAUGGCAUGUUGAUGAUUGUCUCAUGUUUGUAGCUCCUUGGUCUACUGCAGAGACUUUUGAUAUUCCUGCGAUAUCGACUAUUCCUGUCUGGGUUACUCUGAAAAAUAUCCCUCACAGGUUGUAUUCCAUUUCUGGAAUUAGCCAUAUUGCGUCGGGUCUGGGGGCUCCUAUGGCUACUUACAAACCAAGACUUGAUCCUUCUCUCAUGGGUGAGGCAAAGAUUCUGGUGGAAGUGGAACUAAGUAAAGCAUUUCCUCCUAGGAUUGCUGCCGCAGAUAAAAAGGGUAACAUUUUUAUGAUUAACGUGGAAUACUCUUGGAUUCCAACGAAAUGUGGAAAUUGUGGACAGUUAGGGCAUAAGGCUUCCCGUUGUAUGAACCCAAUUAUGUCACAGGAAGGUGUUACCAAUUUGUGUACCAUCAUCACUCCGGUAAUUGUGGUUUCAGAAGUCAUUGCUGAUCCAACCAUAGACCCUGAAGUUGCGCCAAUUCAAGAAGUUGAAAUUUGUAACAGCGUGGCAGAGUGCCAUACAAAUGUUGAAGCUGAACUUGUUACUGACACUAUUUCCAUUGCUGAAAUACGUAUGGAUACUGAAGAAGCACAAGAUAAUGUAAGACUAUUUGAACGUGAGGAAUCUAUUAUGCUUCCUGGAAACAGGUUUAGCCGCUUGGGCUCCUCGUUCUCGGAUGGGCAUCGAACUCAUUCUGAUGGAGACUCUAGUGUCUCAGAUGAUUCAGACAACGAGUUUGAUCUGCUGGUUUCUAUGACUCCUUCUGGGCAAAGGAUACUGCGUGAAAGACCGGUUCAACCAUCCAUCAAAGCAAUGGAGGUACAAGCUUCCUCCAUUGCUCGCGGAAGAGGUAACCGCGGACGUGGACAUCGUGGUCGGAGAGGACGCGGGAACGGUGGUUGUGGCUAGUUGUCCACUUAAUAUCUUAAAUUUCAACCGAAGCGGAUGAUUCGGUUUUCAACUUUAUUUACUUUAAAUGAUCUUGUAUCCUUCAAUUUUCUGAUUGCCGUUUCGGUAAUCUUUAAUAAAA